AUGUGUGUGUUUUCAGUUGACGGUACGAAACAGGUGACAAUGAAUCUGUUGUCGAAUGAUGAGCUACAACGUUGGUUGGAAUCGUUUGCGAUGUGUCCAAAACUAGUGAUCGACGAUUCGUGUUCGGGCGCCAUAUCACCCGCUCAACCGCAACGAAUUGAAGUGGGCAGUGUACGAAGUGUGGUAAGUGAACGCAAUUAA